AUGUCGGAGGCCCUUUCCCUAUCCAACGCCCUCCCCCUCGCCCUCCUAACCGCAUCAACGCUCAUCCUCCUCCGCCCGGUGCUCAAACCCUUCUUCCCGGAACUCCCCGAAUCCCGCGAGCAGAAACACGACGGACUCGUGGCCAAGAUCACGGAGCUCAAAGACGCGGUCCAUAACCUCCGCACGCAGGUCGAGACUGCUACCAGGACGUUCCAGAGAGACCGGGAUGAGUGCGAGCGCUUGAUGCGUGAGAAUGAGGCGCUUCGUGGUGAGCUGCAGAGGUGCAGGGAGGAGAUGAGGAAGUCUGGGGAACAGCUGGGGCGUGCGAGGGAGGUUGUGGGGACGGGGUUUGAUGGGCAGGUUGAUGGGCGGGUUGAUGGGGUUGAUGGGGUUGAUGGGGUUUAUGGGCUUGAUGGGCGGGUUGAUGGGCGGGUUGAUGGGCAGGCUGAUGGACAGGUAGAUGGACAGGUGGAUGGACAGGUCGAUGAGCCGGUGCAGGUGGCUGAGCAGUGA